AUGAGCCAGACGGCGGUUGCCACUCUGGGCAACAACAACAUGCCGGGCGGGCUGCAGAGGAACAUAGCGGCGCGCGACUGGGGCAACCAGUGCGGCGACGACACGCGCCUCAAGCCCUACCUCGACUACUUCGCGGCCAUCGGCGUCACCCAGAGCGUGUAUGACGUCAGGGUGACGUCAGACAUCCACCUGUUCAUGCUGGACUCGGACUGCAACGAGCCCAUGGGGCGCAACUCGACGUCGCAGCAGGCGGACUGGCUAAAAGGCGCCCUGGCCGCGUCGGACGCGCCCCUGAAGUUGGUACUGCUGCACCACGCCCCAUUCUCUUCCUCUCUCUACGGCUCCGACCCUGAGAUGCAGUGGCCGUUUGAGGAGUGGGGGGCGGACGCCGUCCUCGCGGCCCACGACCACACGUACGAGCGGCUGCUCAACCCUCGAGGCCUUGCCGGCCGUGACGGCUUUCCCUACUUUGUCAACGGCCUGGGCGGCGCGCCGAGGUUCCCCUUCAAGAGUAUCCUGCCUUCCUCCAAAGCCCGCUACAACGGCAAGAACGGCGCCAUGCUGCUCACCAGCCGGGCGGUGACGAGCGGUGACGUCAUCCGAUACGAGCUGGACGUCGCUUUCUACGCUGCUGGCGGCGCCGCUGGCGGCGGGGGCCCUGGAGCGGGCGCAACCGCCGCCGCCCCCCGAGACUGCUACCGGAUCAUCAAGACAAUGGGGGCCUCGCUCGGGGGCGUCACCACCACAUACGCGGCUGGCUGCCCGUCGGCGGGUGACGAGUUCUCGCUACUGACUAAUCGUCUGGCGUUCCUUUCCGCCCCGUCGCCGGGGCAGGCGUGGUCGUACUACGUUGGAGGCAAGCUCCCGCCAACCUCAAAAAGUGGUGCAACCUGGGUGUCUGUGGGCUUCGAUGACUCAGCCUGGCCGUCGGGCCCGGCGCCACUCGGCUACGGCGCGGACCCCCCGGGUGGCUCCGGAUGGGCCACCGCCCUGGCAACCAACACGGCGGCCUCGGGGGCGCGCUAUUACUACCUGCGAGCGCUGGUCUGUCUGUCGAUUGAGGCAGCGGCCCAGCCGACUUGA